GGGCCUAAUUGGAAUUUGACAAACCAAAUAUUUUGUCAAGAUAAGAGAAAAGAAGAGGAAACAAAACAGUUUCAGCUAUUUGUAUGGACAGUACAGAGAGACGCAUUAAAAAUGGAGCUCACAUUGCAAACUCUAUCAUUCGCUACAUUUCCUAAGAUAAGAGACUCCAAACUUAAAAAUCAUUGCACAUUUGAGAGAAAUCAUCAUUCUGCAUCUUAUGUGAAGUCAAAAGAACCAAGGAGAAAAAUAUCUGUCAUAUCUUCUGCUUUACUAGAAACAGCUGCCUCUGUUGCAGUUGCUGCCACAGUUGUGGGCACAGCAGCUACCCUUCUUGUAAGGAGAACCAAAGCUUCUGAAGAAACUGAGAUCCCCUUGAAAAAUUGUGAAGACUGUGGUGGUUCUGGUAUAUGUCCUGAAUGCAAAGGUGAAGGAUUUGUGCUUAAGAAACUGUCCGAGGAAAGCGCUGAAAGAGCAAGAAUGACUGCAAAGAAUAUGGCUACGAGAUACACAGCAGCGCUUCCUAAGAAAUGGAGCUACUGUACAAAAUGCUCUUCCGCCCGAUCUUGUACUUCAUGUGGUGGCCGUGGAAAGAUAGCUUUGCUUUAAAUGUCUUUGAUGCUGAGAUAGGUGCUCUUGGUUACAUAAAACAUACAAUCAGGUGCCAGUCUAGAAGAUUGAGAGUGAGUUAAAUCUUCAUUUUGUAUAUUUCUAUAUAUAGUUGUUGUAUAUCAUUAAAAUUCUCCCCUCUCUUUACAGCUAACAAUUUAGUGCUAUUAGUUUUGUUGAACAUCCUUUUUUGUACUUAGUUGACUGUGCUUUGAGAAGAGAUGUUAAGAGUAAUUUGAAUCUACAAGGUUCGCAAAGGAUUCAACAUCUGAUGUGUCUAGACACCAUAGUUGGCUAAGGCUUAUAGAUGGCUAUCAUGAUCUUGAUCCCUAGCAUUAUAUAUUCCCAUACGCUUCUUUA